GAUCUCAGAUAACGUGAGCGAAAAAGUUAACUACUCACAAACUUUGAUCUGUUACACUUUAAUGUAAAUAUUAACAACUUUGUGCUUGCGCUGUGGUAUUGAAGAAGUUUAGCGAUUUUCUAAUAGAAAGCUCGCGUUUUAUUUUGUAGACUAGUUUUUUGAACAGUGACGUGUCGACUGUACUUGUGUCAAUUGGAUGCGCGUUUGUUACAGAUUACGAUAUUCAGAGAGUAAAAAACAACAACGACGAUGUCACUUCGCAAAGAGCAAUCAAUUCAUGAAGAAAAACAAGAAGAUUUGAGUAAAAACACUCUUCAGACUAAUGGGGACGCUGGAAAGAAAUCCAGAGUAGUUUGUCGCGUCUGCAAUCGGAUGUUUCGGGAUCCUAAAAUUCUCCCUUGCUUGCACACGUUUUGUGCGGAUUGUGUUCGCCAGCUCGAGCCGUUCUCUGUGCAUGGACUGAACGGGGAACGACUUUCGCCUGAAGACGAGCUGCACGGGCGCAGCUCUGUAACAGUCAUGUGUCCGGAGUGCGAUUCAGAGGUGGAUCUGCCAACAUCGGGUGUGGAUGGGCUGAGCACUGACCAUCUUGCGCUGGAUGAGGUUUUCGCGGAGACCCUGCUGAUCGAAAAUAGCGUGUUGUGCGACUUGUGCAGCGACAGCAACGCAGGGAAGCGCUGUGAGGUGUGUUGCGUCAACCUCUGCGAGUUCUGCAGUCAGGCUCACAGGAGACAGAAGAGGACCUCCUCUCACUCAAUCCAAAGUCUACAGGAGCUGAAAUCUCAGGGUCGUCUCACAAGGCCUGUCCUAUGCUCUCUGCAUCCUGGCCAGGAAUUACGUCUCUUCUGCGAGCCCUGUGACCUCACCGUGUGCUUGGAAUGUGCAGCGACCUUUCACCGUGACCACCACUGCAGCCCUGCCCGUGAAGUCAUCAGUCGCCAUGGAGAUCGCAUCAAGGAUUUGGUGGUCAGGAGCUUAAGACCUCGUCUUUCUCGUUUGGAGGAGUCUCUAAGACGUGUGGACAUAUCCCAAGAGACAUUGCAGACACGGACUGACACGUUGGCUGGUGAGAUUCGGGCAUUCGCUCGGGGCUAUGCCAGCGCAGUGGAGGCGCAUUGCUGUUCUCUACUGCGGUCGUUGGAAGAUGUGAGGUUGCAACGCAGGAACCAACUCCAUCUGCAGAAAGCUCAGCUGCAGCAGGCCUUGUCUGAUGUCCGCAGUGGGGUGGACUUCGCAGAGCGCCUGCUCACAUGCGGUUCAGACGCUGAAAUCCUCAGUGCCAAGGGAGUCACUUUGAGGAGGUUAAUGAAGCUUGUGGAGUCAGGAUACGAACCACACCCAACAACAGUCGCUCAUGACAGUGCCAGCAGCAUCUGUUUCCUACCUCAUGAGAGUGCAGGGCAGGUGGAGGGAUUUCCUGUGGUUGGAGUCGUGCAUGCCAAGGCUGUGGAUCCCAGCAAGUGUACUAUCCAGGGAGAAGGUGUGGAGCGAGGUCAUGAAGGCCAACGGGGGGAGUUCACUCUGGUUUGCAGAGACUCCUCGGGAGAGCAGAUGGGCAGAGGAGGAGACCCUGUGCUGGUCAGCAUAGUACACAAGGAGAGGAAGGGUUGCUCUGUGGAGACGGCUGUGGUUGAUCACAGUGAUGGCUCAUAUGAUGUCUCCUACAUCCCUGUUGAACCAGGUCUUUACUCUGUGUGGGUUUGUGUCAAAGCACAGCAUGUCCAGGGUUCACCUUUCGUGCUAACUGUGAAGAGAAAGUUCAGACGUCACCGUGGUAUAUUCCAUUGCUGUUCCUUCUGCUCUGGUGGGGGCGCUAAAGAGGCACGCUGUGGCUGUCCUGGGACAAUGCCAGGUGGGUUUCAGGGUUGUGGGCAUGGCCAUAAAGGACACCCUGGUAAGUCCCACUGGUCAUGUUGUGGAAGUGUUGUGGAGGCCUCAGAGUGUAUUCUGCAUAAUCUGGGUGCAGUGUCUACUCGUGGACAUCUCAGGACUGUGGAGCUCUAAGACAAACAAGCAGCUCUUUUCCCUGCAUAACAAGAGAAAAUGUUACCUUAAAACUCUGUGCACAUGCUCAACUAGCCAAAAUAUAGAAACCAAAAAUUUACAAAUUUUUCAAAUUUAUCAAGUUUUGUCUUUUGUCACUCGAUAAAAUGUCUGAUAAAUACAUGAAAAAUAAUGUCUACGUAGAACAUACAGUUGAAGUCAGAAGUUUACAUACACUUAUGUUGAAGUCAUUAAAACUAAUUUAACCACUCCAGAGAUUUUGUAUUAGCAAGUUGUUUAGGACAUCUACUUUGUGCAUGACACGAGUAAUUGUUCCAACAAUUGUUUACAGACAGAUUGUUUCACUUUUAAUUGACUACAUCACAAUUCCAGUGGAUCAGAAGUUUACAUACACCAAGUUAACGGUGCCUUUAAGCAGCUUGGAAAAUUCCAGAAAAUGAUGUCAAGCCUUUAGGCAAUUAGAUUCUGAUAGAAGGUGUACUGAAUUGGAGGUGUACCUGUGGAUGUAUUUUAAGGCCUAUCUUCAAACUCAGUGCCUCUUUGCUUGACAUCGUGGGAAAAUCAAAAGAAAUCAGCCAAGACCUCAGAAAAAAAAAUCGUGGACCUCCACAAGUCUAGUUCAUCCUUGGGAGCAAUUUCCAAACACCUGAAGGUACCAUGUUCAUCUGUACAAACAAUAGUACACAAGUAUAUACACCAUGGGACCACGCAACCAUCAUAUCGCUCAGGAAGGAGACGCAUUCUGUCUCCUAGAGAUGAACGUAGUUUGUUGCGAAAAGUGCAAAUCAAUACCAGAACAACAGCAAAGGACCUUGUGAAGAUGCUGGAGGAAACAGGUAGACAAGUAUCUAUAUCCACAGUAAAACAAGUCUUAUAUCGACAUAACCUGAAAGGCUGCUCAGCAAAGAAGAAGCCACUGCUCCAAAAUCACCAUAAAAAAAGCCAGACUACAGUUUGCAAGUGCACAUGGGGACAAGGAUCUUACUUUUUGGAGAAAUGUUCUCUGGUGUAAUGAAACAAAAAUUUAACUGUUUGGCCAUAAUGACCAUCAUUAUGUUUGGAGGAAAAAGGGUGAAGCUUGGAAGCUGAAGAACACCAUCCCAACCGUGAAGCAUGGGGGUGGCAGUAUCAUGUUGUGGGGUGCUUUGCUGCAGGAGAGACUGGUGCACUUCACAAAAUAGAUGACAUCAUGAGGAAGAUAUAUUAUGUGGAUAUAUUGAAGCAACAUCUCAAGACAUCAGCCAGGAAGUUAAAGCUCAGUCACAAAUGGGUCUUCCAAAUGGACAAUUACCACAAGCAUACCUCCAAAGUUGUGGCUAAAUGGCUUAAGGACAACAAAGUCAAGGUAUUGCAGUGGCCAUCACAAAGCCCUGACCUCAGUCCGAUAGAAACAGAACUGAAAAGGCGUUUGCAAGCAAGGAGGCCUACAAACCUGACUCAGCUACACCAGUUCUGUCUGGAGGAAUGGGUCAAAAUACCAGCAACUUAUUGUGAGAAGCUUGUGGAAGGCUACCCAAAAUGUUUGACCCAAUUUAAACAAUUUAAAGGCAAUGCUACCAAAUACUAACAAAAUGUAUGUAAACUUCUGACCCACUGGGAAUGUGAUGAAAGAAAUAAAAGCUGAAAUAAAUAAUUCUCUCUACUAUUAUCCUGACAUUUCACAUUCAUAAAAUAAUGAUCCUAACUGACCUAAGACAGGGAAUGUUUUGUACGAUUAAAUGUCAGGAUUUGUGAAAAACUGAGUUUAAAUGUAAUUGGCAAAGGUGUAUGUGAACUUCUGACCUCAACUGUACAUACUGUAAUGUCUUUAGAAAACACUAAAUGUUUCUGUAUAAUUAUUGUAAACAUUUCUAACACUUGGAUCACUUUUUGAAGAAAAAAAAAUCACUUUUCUUCAAAUAUCCAGAUCUUCAGUAUUGUUAUUUUUAAACAUACAUUUUUUUUAUUAUUUGUGUCUGCAUCAUUGUUCCCUUUUUAAUAAUAAUCAGCAUGUUUUCUUUGAAAUUACCCAGCAAUAUUAUCAAUGUAACAUGUUAGAAAUAGAUCCAACUAUAAUGGUGUAUUUUUAUAUGUAUGCAUGACUCCAUACCAAAGAAUGCCUUUUGUUCUGUAGACUUCCAUGUAUCAGAAUUACCAUUUCAGCUGUCUUUAUAUACAGUACUGGUACCUCAUAUUAAACAACACUUACCUCUCCACUGUCAAGAGUGGCACUUCAUAAAUUGUGGACACGUUUUAUGGUGUUCUCAUUGUGAUCUGUUAUACUUUAUGCUCUGCUUAGUGUCAUGUCUAUGACCCAGACCUGCUAAAAGCAGAGGGAGUUAACAAUGCAUUAGAAGUUGUUUCAGCUAGACAAAUUUCUUUAUUUUCUGCAUAUCUGCUUAUUUUUCUAAUAUGGAUCUCACCCCCAGCUAGUUUAGCUUGCUUAUUUGGUGAUAAUUUAAUUCAAGGUUAACAUUUGCUAUUUUGUUUUCUUGAAUAAUUGUACUUUUAAUAGCACACUACCAGUUUGGACAGACCAACUAAUUUUUUAUUAUAACCAUUUUCUAAAUUUUAGGAUUAUUGUAAAGUCCUCAAAACUAUUAAAUAAAACAAAUGACACUAUAUGAAACAAUAUUAUGAAAAAAAUGAAACCUAAUAUUGUGUAUUUUACAGUCUUCAAAGCAACCAGUCUUUUCCUAGAGGUAUACUGUAGCACUGCAAACCCUUGGCAUUCUCAUUAAGUAUCCACCUGGGAUUUUCUUUUAAUAGCAUUGAAGGCGUUCCAUCAGGUCCAACUCAUUAAUAAUAAUAAUUGUAGUUUUGUAAAGAAUUCAGAGAAAGACUAUUUAUUUAUGUCUACAAAAAUAAUUUCAAGCAUUUAAGCUUAAGCUUUUAGAUCAAGUGUGUUUCUGUCAAGUGUAUACAAACUUGACUGGAAGUGUAUUUGAUAAAUCUUACCACAUCCAUUCUUAGAUUUUUAGAUAAAAGGAAAACAUUCAUUUUUAACCACAACUCAAUCUUGGCCAAUGAACGGUGGGACUGUUUUAAACAACGUUCUGGAUUCCUCUAACACUAGAUGGCAGCAGUGGUUCAUGAGGGACUUGCAUUGUUUUUUAAAGCGUUAGUUCACCCAAAAAUUUUAAUUCUCUCAUUUACUCACCCUCAUGCCAUCUGUGUGUAUGACUUUAUUUCUUUUGCAGAAUACAAAUGAAGAUUGUUAGAAGAAUAUCUCUGCUCUGUAUGUCCAAUCAAUGUAAAUGUAUGGUGGCCAGGCCUUUGAAG